CGUCAAAAUUCAAUUUUGUUUGUGAAAGAUUUCAGCCAAAGAAUCGGGUCUCGCAAACCCGAGGACCUUAAUCCUCUGAUAUACAUAUAUAUACACAUAUAUAUACAAGAUAUACGCCCUCACACCACAUAUAUAUACAUAUACCCAUAUUCUGGGACGAGAGGAACAGGUUUACUCACCAUGUAUUGUACCUCGGAACCAACACAUGUUUUUCGAAUGAAGCGAGACUUUGCUGCAUUUGUUGGCAGUAACCUAUGGGACAGUAGCAGUAACAAGUCACCAAGAAUAUCGAAUGACCUGAAAUGCAUGCUGGACUUUGACCAGAGUUUGUCUGAAAACACCUCUGAUCCACAACUAUCAUUAGAUUCUUCUGCCAAAGAACUUGAUACUUCAUUGCGUGAAGCUAAAUAUCUGAAAUGGAAGAGUGAUGUUGCAAAAUACGAGUCUCAGGUUCAAGCCCUCGAAGUGAAACUGAAACAGUCUUUGAUUGAGACCACAAAACAGAUCAACUUGGAAAAGCAAGAGAAAGAGCAAUGCCAGGAGAAGGCCGACGAACUGCGGACGCAGUUGAAGCUGCUCUAUGAGAAAGAGAAGCAUCUUCAAGGAGAAAAUGCUGAAAUGGCUCACAAACUAAACAAAAUGGAUUCGGAGAUUGUUGCUUUGAAGAAGGCAGCAGUGGCUUCAGACUGCCAGAAACAGCAGAAAAUCCUGGAACAUGACCAAGACAUACGCUCCCACAAGGAAAAGCUGUUUGAUGUACAGACAAAGUUACAGACCAGUCAAAGUGAGUUAUCUGAGAUGAAGACUCAACUAUUGUCUACAAAAAAACUCCUUAUAGGUGCACAGGAGCAGAUAGUGGAAAUGAAAGCUUACAAAGAUGGUAUGGAAACUGCCUACAAAUUGGUAAAGGAACUGGAGCAGAAACUUGCUCAGUAUGAAGAGGAAUUGAUUCUGAGGAAGAACCUCAAAGUGCAGCUCUCAAAGAUGGAAGAACUGGAGAAGGAAUUGGAAAUGUUAAAAGUCGAUAACACCUACCUUAAGAAUCAUCAAGAAAUGACAGCUGUUCUAAAAGAGAAGCUGGAAGGUUCCCAGAAGAAGAUAUCUCGUUAUGAGCAGCGUUUGUCACACUACAACACUAUGGAAUGUGACUAUGAGGUUGCCAAGCAACAGUUACAGCAAUGGCAGGCUUUGAAUGAUGGCAGAAACACUUGCAGUUCUUUGACCCCAGCAGUUGUGAAGAAAACCAUUUUUGACUUGCAGAACACUGAAGCUUUGUUAUUGGAGAAGAACGGCAAACUGCAGGCAAUAGUGACCACUCAAGAGAACACGAUUGGGAAACUCCAAAAUGAUGUCCACCAGCUUGAGUCGAGUGUAGCUUCUCAGCUUGCCAAAAACCAGCAGAAUUCGGAUCAAAUUAGGUCUUGGCAGAAACGGUGCUACAGAUUAUCAGCAGAACGGGACGGUUACCAGCAGAUUAUUGCUUCAUAUGACCACGAGUCAACCAUCAUGAACUCCGAUUCAAUAUUGAGGACUCGCAUCAAUACGCUGGAGGAAAUGCUGACCGCCCUACGUCAGACCAUAGAUAUGCAGGAAUCUUCCCUGAAGGCUCCCACUUCACAGGGAGGCCAACUAAUGAUAGAGCCAGUGCCAUCCUCUAUGCUCCAGACUACUGCAGCUAUGUCUAACUUGAGAAAUGUUAAUGAGAAAAUUGAUUUACAACUCAGAGAGAAAAUUGCUGAUCUGGAGAAAAAGUUAGAAGUAGCUCUUGAGGAGAAGAACUACCUGGAGAUGAAGCUGGAAGAACGUCAAUUACAGGGAGACUACGACCCGACCAAAACCAAAGUUAUACACAUGACCCUCAACCCAUCUUCUGUGGACCAGCAGAAGCGGAAAGAGAAGAUUUCUUAUAUGCAAAGUGAAAUUGACCGAUUACAGGCUCGGGUGAAGGUUUUGGAACAGUCUGGUGGACAAGCUGCAGAUGUUACGUUACAAGUGGAACAGAAACUGCAAGACGGUUGCAAUUGUAAGGAAGUUGUUGAAUUACGUUCUCAGCUGGAGACUUCAGAAUUAAAGAACAAGCGUCUGCUACAAACAUUUAAGAAGACCAGCCAAGAGGUCAGGGAAGCUACGUACCGUUUAAUGGGUUACCGUUUGGACAUUACUAGCGCCAACAACUACAAAUUAUGUAAUGCCUACUCUGAGUCCUCAGAUGACUGUCUCCUCUUCCAGAGAGGACCAUCGGGUGAGCUGCAGUUACUGGAAACCAGCUUCUCCAAGACAACCAGCAAACUCAUUGAACUCUAUCUGGAGAAGCAGGACAGCAUCCCUGCCUACCUGAGCAGCAUCACUUUGGAUCUGUUCAGUCGACAUACAGGAAACAUGUAGACACAUAAACACUGCUAUGGUAUGACCAACUGAUGAAAAUGUGGCAUAAUACACUGCACUCAAAUGAUCACCACAUACAUAUUGACACUGUAUAAAAGAAUCCUAUAUGCCUCGUGUCAGUGUCUAUAUUUCAUCCUAUGCAACACCCAGUAACUGGUAUUUAAUGCACUGUUUUAAAAAUACUCAACACCCUACAUACAUUACACACCUUUUCCCCCACACCGUCCCACAUUACAAACUGUCCCAAAUGUAUGCUACCACCACAUCAGUUCCUGUUCUACUCACACCGUCCCACAUUACAAACUGUCCCAAAUAUAUGCUACCACCACAUCAGUUCAUGUUCUGCUCACACCGUCCCACAUUACAAACUGUCCCAAAUAUAUGCUACCACCACAUCAGUUCCUGUUCUACUCACACCGUCCCACAUUACAAACUGUCCCAAAUAUAUGCUACCACCACAUCAGUUCCUGCUCUAAUCCAUCCCCAGUGUAUUAGCAAUGUCUGGAAAGAGACAGAGAUCAAACUACAGCCAGAGCCAGUCACUCUGAUCUCCACUACACCAUGAAGGACUUGAUGUGAGUUGCAAAGUCUGCAGUGUGUACAUAAUUCUAAAUGAGAAAGAGGGAGAGAGAAAGAAAGACACACACCACUGCCAUCACCAUCAUUUCUAAUGGUGCAUCUAAAAGAUGGUCUUGGGAAAUGCUGUCUACACUGGAUUAUUUUACAACAUUUUUUUGUUUUUGAAAUAGGAUUUUGGAAAGUGACUUUGAGAAAACCAAAAACAUUGGAAAUAAACAAUAAACACACACACUCAGAAA